AUGAAGAUUCAGACCAAUGCAACCAACAUACUAGAGAGAACGUCUGCAUAUCUGCAAGCUGGCUUGCUUAGAAACGCACCUGCCUUCUAUGACGUUAUUGCUCAAGUGCCUCCUUCGACGAAGUUUACUAGAGAGCCCAAAUUGGUCAACCCGUCUACAGGUCAAGAUAGAACUCGAUUUAGAGAGUUAACAGAUAAAGUCAAUUGGAGAGGGCUGUAUAAGACACGAUAUGCAGCUUCUGAUAGGCAUGCCUCGGUGAGUCGACUUUAUAAGGCAUCAAGAUUGAAGUACUUGGAAGAUGAUUUACGUCAAUUGUUCUAUGAUCAGCACCCAUGGGAACUUUCUAGACCAAAAAUUGUAAUUGAGAACAAUAUAGAUAAUAGUUCAUUGGAUUGGAGCAAUAUACAGCAACUGGGGAAACCCGUAGAUGGCGAAAGUGUUGUACAGAGAACACUAUUUUUAAUGAAAAAUAAGAAGCACGACAACUUGGCAGACUGCUAUGAUCAAGCCAGGUUUGAAUUUUACCAAGUUAGAAUGCAACGUGAUUCGGAGGAGCAAAUUGCCACAGAGGAGGCUGCGAUGUUUGGAUCAAUAUUCGGGCCUACCGCUCUUGAAUAUGGUAUCCAGAGGGAACAGGAUGUAAUUGCUAAAUGGAAGCAAAGGGCCAUACGGGAAACUGAAUUACUGGAUGCCAAACGUGCGAAUCCAUCGGAUUCCUGGGCUCAAGAAGAGAGUAGUGACAAGGACCUGGAUCAACAGGAAGAGGACGAAGAAAUCGAGGAACUGCAACUCUAA